GAAAUCUGCCUGUCUUGGCAUUAUAGGGGCCUUGUUGUAUUUUGUCAGGCAACCCGACUUCAAUACAGAGUCACUUAGUCUUCAUAAAAGGGGUCAAUAAAGUGUGUGUGUAUGUUGAGAGGGGGCCGCAGCUGACCCCCGUAUGCUAAGUGACCUCAUUCUCGUGUGUGUGUGUGUGUGUGUGUGUGUGUCAGUCUGCAGGUGCAGGAUGUACAGCUUCAUGGGCGGAGGGCUGUUCUGUGCAGGCGUGGGGAACAUCCUCCUGAUUGUUUCCACGGCAACCGAUUAUUGGAUUCAGUACCGGCACUCCAACAACUACAUGCAUCAGGGCCUGUGGCGGUACUGCAUGCCGGGGAAAUGCUUCACGCACAAUGAAAGUAUUGCCCACAUGGAUGCCACCCGAGCACUCAUGAUCCUCUCCCUCUUGGCAUGUUUCAUGGGCAUCAUCAUCGGCAUCAUGGCCUUCAUCCACUACUCGUCCUUCGACAGGUUUGACAAAACCUUUGCUGCAGGCGUAUUGUUCUUCAUCUCAUGCUUUUUCGUGUUGCUAGCAAUGGCAGUAUACACUGGUGUGACGAUUAAUUACUAUGGUAAACGCUAUGGCAACUGGAGGUUCUCCUGGUCCUACAUCAUCGGCUGGGUGUCAGUGGUGCUAACCUUCUUUUCAGGUAUAUUCUAUAUGUGUGCCUAUCGGAUGCACGAAUGCCCCAGAAACUCAAACUCUCACUAGAAGACUUCAGAAAUGAUCAUCAAUAUCUUAUGAUUUUGAGAGCCACUGACUUGUGGCUGUUCCCCGUAUUUGAGAGUCAAGAUGGAUCAACCCACUAUUUACUUUUGGAACAUGGAUUAUAGAAUUUAAAUUAUAUGAAUAAAGGACGUUGGGCGUAAACGUGUCACCUUUUCAAUGAUUAAAUGCUUGUUCUUUUA